AUGCCAAGCAAGCUAAAGAAGGCAAUUGGGGCAGUGAAAGACCAAACGAGCAUAAGCCUUGCCAAGGUCUCCGCCAACACCAACUCCGCCAACCUUGAGGUCACCGUCCUCAAAGCCACCUCCCACGACGUCGUUCCCAUCGAAGACAAAUACAUCCAGGAAAUUCUCACGCUCAUUUCGUCGAACAAGUCGUACGCAUCCUCCUGCGCCCAGGCCAUCGCCAGGCGCAUUGGCAAAACCCGCGACUGGAUCGUCGCCCUCAAAUCCCUCAUGCUCGUCCUCCGCAUCUUCCAGGACGGGGACCCCUAUUUCCCCAUCGAGGUCCUCCACGCCAUGAAGCGCGGCGCCAAGAUCCUCAACCUCUAUAACUUCCGCGACGACUCCAACUCCUGCCCCUGGGACUUCACCGCCUUCGUCCGCACCUUCGCGCUCUACCUCGAUGAGCGCCUCGAUUGCUUCCUCACUGGGAAGCUCCAGCGGCGCUUCACGUACCAGCGCGACCAAGAAUACAACAGCGGUCGGAGGAGCCGCCGGUCAAACGACCCCAUGGCGGUGGUUCGCGAUAUGAAGCCGGCGAUGCUGCUGGACCGGAUUCACUACUGGCAAAAGCUGCUGGACCGGGCGAUGGCGACGACGCCGACCGGGGCCGCCAGGACGAAUCGGUUAGUUCUGAUUUCGCUCUACGCGAUUGUUCAGGAGACGUACGAUUUGUACCGGGACAUUUCGGACGGGCUAGCUCUGCUUCUGGAUAGCUUUUUUCAAUUGCAGUAUCAAUCUUGCGUGAACGCAUUUCAUGCCUGCGUGAAAGCCUCGAAGCAAUUCGAGGAGUUGUCGGCGUUUUACGGGACGUGCAAGAGCUUGGGUGUUGGUCGGACCUCUGAGUAUCCUAGCGUGCAGAAGAUCUCCGAUGAGCUUUUGGAGACGUUGCAGGAGUUUUUGAAGGACCAAGCUUCAUUUCCGAGUCGGUCGCCGCCGACCCAUUUAACGGCCAAAGGUAGUAAGAAUAAAGGGUUGAGCUUGGAACAGAGUGAAUUUCCAUCUUCGGAGCAAUUCGAAACGGCAUCGGAGAAAGGUUCUGCGUUUGGUUCGGCCUGCACGUCGUUGGAGGAUUUGAUGAGCGUUUGUGAUCAGAAUGGCAAUGUGAGCCCGUCGUGGUCGGUGGAGCAAGAGUUUUAUAACUCGGAGGAGCAACUAGAGAAGCUGGCAGAGGAUGGGCUCGCCAGAGGAAGAAAUGAGAACGGAUCGAACCAAACUUUGCCGGAAAGUUUCGAUCUUGUUUCCUUUGAUGGCUUCCCACCGCAAUCUCAACCUCAACCACAACCGCAACUGGAUCAGAUAAGGCAAGAAGAACUAGUAGGAGUCGAUGAUCAAGAGGGUCCAAAACAGGGCUGGGAGCUUGUUCUGUUUGAGUCUGCAAAUAAUCAAACACCAUUGCAAACAUCCUCACCAACUCCACCCAUUGAUUCAUCAAACUUGGACAGCUUGUUUCAAAACUCCGCAAUGCCCCAACACAAUUACAAUCCAUUUCUUGAUGACCCAAUACCAUUUGACAGCUUUGCAGCCUCUUCGAAUCCAAGCGCCACCGCCAGCAAUGGCUUUGGAAAUCUCGGAGAAGACGACCUGUUUUUAUUCCCUUCCACAAUGAUGGCAAUGGCACCAACAUUUCCCGAACAAAAUUUAAAAGAGACCACAACAUUUGGCGCCAAUAAUUCAAAUGAGAGCGCAGAUGUCACAACAUUUCCCGCACAGAAUUCAAAUAAUUCAACAAUGGCACUAACAUUUAGUGCCCAAAGUCCAAAAGUGAGCGAAAUGUCACCAAGACUCUGGCCACGGCGUGCAAAUGAGAGCACGACAAUGGCACCAACAUUUUGUGCACAGAGCCAGAGAGAGAUGACAAUAGCACCAGCAUUUUGUGCACAGAGCGAGAGAGAGAUGACAAUAGCACCAACAUUUUGUGUACGGAGCACAAAUGAGGUUGGUGAACGAAGUCCAAAAGAGAAUACAAUAUUGAUGCCACCACCAACAUUUCACGCACGGGAUACGAAUGGCAGCGUAAUAUCACCAACAUUCUGCGCCCAAAAUCCCCGAGAGAGCAGAAUGCCACCAAACUUUAACGAGAGUGCGGCGCCAACAUUUCGUGCACAGAAUCGCAAUGACACGACCAUGGCGCCAACCUUUACCGCGGUGGCUCACGAUAAUGAGAGCGUGGUGCCGACAUAUGGUGUACAUAAUCGUAGUGAUACGGCCAUGGCGCCAACAUUUGGUGCACAUAAUCGUAGUGACACGGCCAUGGCGCCAACCUUUCAGGCAGAUGAGCCUAACGAGUUCACUGCUGCACCGACUUUCUUUGCAAGAAGUGCAAUGAAGACAAGAGGAGCAUUCCCUAACGUAGAAAACAACGACCCGUUUGCGACGUUCUUCUCUAAGGUGACAACUCCUAGUGAACCUAUGUGUAAUGGAUUAGUGAAUCAAGAAAGCCUCUUGCAUCAACAGAGACUCUGGUUGGAACAGCAAAACAAGAUUAUUGCAAAGCAUAUGAGUUGA